CUUCUUCUUACUUGAGGAAGUUUGAAAAAUGCCAAGUUAAGUUAUUUUAAAAUAAGUUUUUAUUAAUGACUUUUGUUUUUUGCAUUAUCAUAAUUUUCCCAAGUAGUUCUCCUCUUGUCUUCCAGAAAACUAAUAUAAUUAGUAGAAUUUGUAAAGAAAAGAAAAAAGAAAAGGAAAGAAAUAAGAGGAAAAAUAAACAGAAUUGAUCAGGAUACUGAAAGGGAAAUUAUUUUUUAAAAAACAAAAAGAAGUCCUUUAUCUCAGUCUUUUUCAAGGUUAUGAUGAUAGUGAUUCCAUAUAUGAACUCAUGCAAAAUAUAGUUCCAUAUUAGAGCAACAUUGUAAAAGAAAAUACACACACAAAAGAAGAAAAACAAAAUAGAAAAAGUAUACUUUAAUCUGCACUGAGUUGAGAGGAUAUGUCAAUUUUAAUUUUCCCAAUACUAAUGGAUGUAUAAUAAUCAGAAAUCUUGGGCUAUACAGGGAUUAACCCAUAUGUUCUAUUGUUCUAACAGAUACAUAAUUUCAGCAGCAAAAGUAUUCCACGUUGGAGCCUCUGAAAAUGUUGUAAUUCAAGCUUAUGGAUACACGGAUGCAUUUGCCGCUACCGUCUCCAUGAAAAGUUUUCCUGACAAAAGAUUUACUUAUUCUUCUGCCAAUGUGAAUUUAUCCCCUGAAAAUAAGUUCCAGAACUCUGCAUCCUUAACCAUUCAGCCAAGAGAUUUGUCUGGAAGAGGAAAUCCAGUUUCACAUGUAUAUUUAGAAGUUGUUUCUCCCCACUUUACAAAAGAGAAAAAAAUACCCUUAAACUAUGAGAAUGGAUUUCUCUUCAUUCAGACUGACAAGCCUGUUUAUACUCCUGAUCAGACAGUAAAGAUUAGAGUUUAUUCCUUGAAUGAAGAAUUGAAGCCAGCUCGGAGAGAAACCACCUUAACUUUUAUAGAUCCAGAAGGAGAAGAAGUUGAAAUCCUCCAAGAAAAUGAUUAUUUUGGCAUUGUCUCAUUUCCUGAUUUCAAGAUUCCUUCAAAUCCAAAUUUUUCUACCUUGAAGUUUAGUAGGUUUGCUUCCUCCUUCCUCCUGGGCCAGUUCCCCGCCACAAGUUUCCAGCGCUUUCUUACAGUUGGUGAAGGAGUAGCCCGUCUUCCACCUCAGCUUCUGCAGGUGCUCCUUGCUGGAGACCACUUCGGACCUCACAACUCAGAAGAGGCGGAACCCCAGGAGCACCAGACAGCUCUGGCACCCCAAGUCCUAGAAAAGGCGCAGUGA